AAGUGUGGGAAAGAGUGGGCGUUCGCGGCGUAGUAAAACAUUUGAUAUGUUGUAGUGAACCGAACACAUAUUUAUGAGCGCAGUGAGCCAGUAGCAGACAUUUCGUUUUAUGUUUGUGUGCGUGAUAAAUACGUCGAGUUCAUGAAGCGAAAAGGUGGAUGUGUGAGGAAGAGACCGACGAUUGACCGGCGAUCUCGUGGGAAACGACCUUUGUUAUGUACACUGAUACAUUAGGCUAAACAAAAAAUCUGGAGUGUAGCCGCACGCGAUGGGAGUCACCGGGCUGUGGCGGCUGAUAGAGCCGGCCGGCAAGCCCGUGCCCGUCGAGACGCUCGAGAAUAAGGUCUUAGCCGUCGAUAUUUCAAUAUGGUUGCAUCAGAUGGUGAAAGGUUACCAGGAUGCCAAAGGUGCUCCUCUACCAAAUGCUCACCUAAUGGGACUGUUUCAGCGGCUGUGCAAGUUGCUCUAUUUUAGAAUAAAACCUGUCUUUGUCUUUGAUGGUGCAUUUCCUGACUUGAAAAAGGAAACUAUUGCCAGAAGGCAAGAUAGCAAGGCAAAAUAUAAUUCAGAGUCAGAGAGGCUAAAGAGAGAGCUUGCCUUACUUCUCAGUAAAAAGACUGCAGUCAGUAGUUUGCUGGGCAAACAAAUAUCUCCGAAGAAACCAAACUCAAACACUGCCAAUAAUGAUGACUUAUUUAAACUUCCUGCAUUACCUCAAAAAGACGAAGAGAGUGAGUCAGAUUCAGAAGAAGAUUCCAGUGGAUCAGUUAUUGAUUUACAUUCAGUUGAUCUUGAGUCUGACAACUUCAAAACUUUACCAACUAAAGAAAAAUAUGAUCUCCUGAUAGAAUUAAAGGAAACAAGAAAAAUGAAUUCCUGGAGAAAGAUCCACGAGUUGCCUAAAAAGAGUGAUAACUUUUCCGAUUUUCAGAUGCAAAGGCUAUUGAAAAGAAGGAAAGUUCAAGAAUGUUUACAAGAGACAGAAAAAGAAAUGGGAGAUAGUGGAAUGUCAUUAAACGAUUUGGAGUCUUUGUUAAAUGAUGAAGGCAUUGAUACCAAGAUAGAGAGUUUACCCACUCGGCGCAUAGCAUCUGACAACAAUACACGAAUCCUAAUGAUCAAAAACGUUAAACAAGCUCUUGCUGAAGCUAAACAGAGAAAAGAAGCUGCUGAACGGAAAGAACAAAAUAAAGAAGAGGAACAAAGUACUACAGUGCCAAAAAAAGAACUGAAAAAGAAUGAGUUAGAGGAAGAUUUGGAAAAAGCCAUAAAAAUGUCUUUAGAGAAUGCUAAUGAUGUCAAUACCAGCACUUGCACGUCUAAAACAGAUGAUUCUUGGACAUCAGUGCUUACUGAUACAGAUUACACUGACUCCGAGGAUGAUGAUGGGUAUGAACAGCCAGAUAUGACUUCUGCUAAAGCUUACAUAAUGCAAUACAGUGAUUUUACUCAUAAAAUAAUUGAUAAUAUUGUAGGCCCUAAAACAAAAAGUAAAACUAAACCCAAAGCCCCUGACGUAGAUCAAAUCAUAGAAGAACUUAAUCAUGAGAAGUCUGUUAUUGUUGAUAAUAUAAAUCUAUCAUCUAGUGAUGAUGAGUGCAUUUUAGACAGUCAACAACCAAUAAAACAUUCUGUUGAAGUUAAAAAUCCGAGCACAGUUGAGUUAAAUACAACAUGUGAUGAUGAAAACUCGCCGACAAUAAUGGAUGCAACCCAAGCAUCAGUAGUUUGCGUUGAAAAUCCUGUGCCAGAUGUUAUAGACCUUGACUCUAGUUUAGAAUGUGUACAAGCAUUGGACCAUGACGAAGAGCGGGUUCUACCUAAAAUAGCGGUACCAGAUGAACCGAUCCCCGGACCGAGUAGAAUAUUCAAAAAAGAAACAAACGAAUCAGACUCAAGUGACGCAGAUUUUGAAGAAGUUCCAGACGAAGAUGAUGAAUUUGUUAAACCAGUAGUUCAAGUAACACUAAAUAUGGGCGCUGAAGCACCACCCGAUGAUGAUAUAUUUGCAGAUAUUUUCACUGGUCAAGCAAAAGUCGAAAGCAGUACUGUAAAACCGUCAACAAGUGGGGCAAAAGUUAUUUCCAUUGAUGUUGCUAAAGCUAACGAGCCUCCAUUACACGAAGAAAAAUCCAACAUGGAUGAUGAAUUUGAUGAAGAUUUACAAAAAGCCAUAGAAAUGUCAUUGGAAAGCUCUAACGAUACUCAAAAGGCUAUACAAAUGUCACUGGAAACUUCUGACGAUACUAAAAAAGCUAUAGAAAUGUCAUUGGAAAGUUCGAACGAUAUUCAAAAAGCCAUGGAAAUAUCCUUAGAAGGCACAGAGGUUGUUCAAAAGGCAAUUGAAAUGUCAUUAGAAGCUAUAAGUGUAACUAAAAAAUCUGGAGAAACGUCAUUUGAAAUUACGAAUGGCCCCAAAAUACCUAUUGAAAUUCCCUUGGAAUGUUCAAACGAGACUGAAGACGCCGUAGAAUUGCCGUUAGACGACUCAGACGAACUUCGAAGAGCUAUUGAAUUAUCUUUAGAAUGCGUAAAAGAGCCUGAAAAGUUUGUCAUCAAAACUAAAGAAGCAGACGUUGAACAGCCGUGUUCAUUUGCAAACAUAAAUAACAAUGAUACCUCUUCAAAACAAGCUAAUAAAAGCGAAAUCACUAUUGUUAAAUCCAAGCCUGAUGUAGCUAGCGAAACAAUUAAAAUUCCCAAAGAACCACUAUCAAUAGAACAGCUGAAUACAAUGGCUGAAGAACUGCAAAAUGAAGAACAAGAUUUAAUACAAGAAAAAAGUAGGUUAGACCGUAUUAGUCGCAACAUUACUGAGCAAAUGACAAAAGAAGCUCAAGAACUACUUCAAAUAUUUGGCAUACCAUACAUAGUAGCGCCUAUGGAGGCAGAAGCCCAGUGCGCUUUUUUGGAAAGUGUGAAUUUAACUGACGGCACGAUCACAGAUGAUAGUGAUAUUUGGCUUUUUGGUGGACGAACGGUUUAUAAAAACUUUUUUAAUCAGAAAAAGCAUGUAUUGCAGUUUUUGGCGGAACGAAUUGAACGAUCUUUUAAUUUAACUAGAGAGCAAUUAGUGUUGUUAGCUCUACUGGUCGGCAGCGACUACACUACUGGAGUCACUGGAGUAGGGCCUGUUACAGCUAUGGAGAUUCUUGCGUCUUUCCCUUUCAAUAAAAAACAGUUUCUGAACGAAACUUCGAAGCAAGAUCGUUACGCGCAAGUUGUAGCUGGUCUCCAAGAGUUUAAGAAAUGGGUAAAAGGUGGGAAAAGAACUGAUAAUACAACACUGAAGAAGAAAUUGAAAAAUGUUGAUAUAAAUGACGACUUCCCAAGUAUUAGGGUUGUCCAGGCGUACUUAGAACCAAAUGUCGAGAAAAGUGAAGAUAAAUUCACUUGGGGUGAAUUAGACAUUACAAUAUUACGAGAUUAUACGAAAGCUAAGUUUGGGUGGUCUCAGAACAAACUUGAUGAAAUCAUAAAGCCAGUAAUAAAGAGAAUACAGGAACGAAAAAGUCAAAGAUCUGUUCAAGAUUACUUCAAAAAGAAGAUAGUAUUUCAGUCUUUGGAAGAGCAGAUGAGCAAAAGGGUGAAAGCUGCAGUCCAGAGAAUGGGACCUGAAUUACCUCUGGGGGAACAGUCUUCUGCGACUGUAGAAAAGGCGAAACCUGUGAGGAAAAGGAAAAUCAAUAAUAAAAAAGCUGGUGAAACUGUAAACAAUAAUGAAGGUAAUGCAACUAAAGCUAAAUUAAAGAAAAACGAUGAGGCUAAUGUACUUAAAGGUCACGGUGUUACAGUAGUAACGCAGGGACAAGAUGGUAAAUCAAGUAUUGAAAUUAACAUACUGAAAACUGACAGAUUCCAAGAAAUAAUUCCUCAAAGGGAGAAAGAGAAGGAAAGUUUGUUGCAAAAUAAAAUGAAAGCUAUUGAACUAUUUAGGAAGACUAAAAUUGAUAAGAAAAAGAAACUAACUAAAAGAAAGGCAAUCUUGCCUAAGGAUAGGGCUGAGCUUUCAGAAAGCAGUGAUAGUGAUUAAGUACCUUAAAGUAACCAUUAAACUAUUUUAUUUUUAUUUAUUAAAAUUGUUUUGAUUUUCAA